UAGAACUUUCGGCUUUCGCAAAAGUACAGAUCCGUUUCCUCGGGUAUCCCUUACAUGCGCCCCCACCUUGCGCGUGCGCAUACAUAGUGAACACGUUACAUAUUUAAACAAGUUUCAUUUAUCUACAGACGUGUGCGACGAUUUUCCUUUGUCUAUCUGUUCUCGCAGAGUGUAACGUAGUGAUAAGCGGGAUAAGUGGUCAUAAAUAUUUGAUUAAUUAGUGAUAAAAUAAAUAUUUUUUUCUUUUUUAUAUUACUUUUUUUUUCUGUGCCGUUAAGCAAGCUUUAUGCAGCCUAAAAUAAAUAGGACCAAUCUAAAAUGGCAUUCAAACUCACCGUCGCCCUCUUUACCGUAAUUGCAAUCUUGGCUAACGUUGGACACGUCAGAUGCAACCCCGCUAUUGCUACCGGGUAUGAUCCUAUGGAAAUCUGCAUUGAGAACUGCGCGCAGUGCAAGAAGAUGCUUGGAGCCUGGUUCGACGGGCCACUUUGCGCAGAAUCAUGCAUCAAGUUCAAAGGCAAACUCAUUCCUGAAUGCGAGAACUUCGCGUCAAUCUCUCCUUUCCUUAACAAACUUUAAGCCGGGGAAAAUGUCGCAGACUUCCUAGUAUGACGAUAUGUUGCAUGUGUAAUAUUCUAAAGAUUGAUCAAACAGAUUUAUUUAUUUACAAACAAUAGCUUGCAAUUUAAAUUAUAUUUUAAUAAAUUAUCAUAGAUUAAAAGUUUAAAAAUAUUUACGUAGGUAAUUUAUAUUAAAAAAAAAACUCAAAUAACUAAUGUUAACAUACCCAAUAUAGAUGUGAUGAAAUUGUUACUUUACAACUUGCGCAUACGUUUGUACAUGAAGUUUGCUCGACGAAUGAUGAAAUCUCCGAUACCGUGCCAAAGCGUAAGAUACUCUUAGUACUUAAUUUGUAGCCCAGUAUUGUUUAUACUUUUUUACCUAG